AUGAUUUUUCGCUUGUAUAGAGUCUCAAGCUCAAUUCCUAGUGCCAGGAAUCUCUCUACCUCUAUAAUACGUAGAAAUGAAAUACUCAAGUCUUCGUGUGUAGCAGGUACAGUUCUCAAUUUGAAAAUUAAAAAGAAUGGUGAUGAACCUGUGGCCUUAGAAGAUAAAGAAUACCCGGCAUGGCUCUGGGAUUGCCUUGAUGCAAAAAAGUUGGACAGGCAAUUGAAAAAAGAGGACUACAUGAAGUGGAAAAAGAAGCAGGUGAAUAAGGCGAACACCAAGAAGAUCAAGAACAAUAACUUCUUAUCCAAGAUGUAA